UAUCGGGGUUUGUUCGGUGGCGUACACGUGUAUCCCUCUGCUAAUCAGUGUUAGCCAUUCACAGCGACAUGAUAUAGUUAAUCGGAUUUCCUUGCAUUGCCUUAUCGUGGCAUUUUACCUGGUCAAAAGGCUGCAAGCUAACCACGAAACAAGUGAUUCCCUUUUCAUAACACCUUUACAAGACAAAACAUUUAUGUUACCGCCAUAAGGUAGUGAGUGCCUGGUGUUCUGGUUCUCCUGGAGUCGUCCGCCAUCUUCAGAUUGUGAAUUAUUUAUUUCGUGGAAACAGUAAGAAUGAGGAACCUCGUACCACGACGCUUUAGACUGAUGAGAGGUAAUCUCCUUUGUUUUGUGUCGGGUGCAUGUGUUGUUAUCACAAUGCUAUCCUUCUUUGCACCCCUCAGUCGCAGUAGUCGUGAUGACAACCAUGACGUUCUUGCUACAUCAUUGACUUCAACGACAUUCAGUGUGAUAAAGCACAAAGAUGGCAAAUGGAUGUUUGACAAUGCGUGCGAGACGAAUGAGUCGUUCACGAAGACAAAACUUCAUACCCCAACAGGAGAUACUAACAUAUUUCUCUACCCCCCGCAACAAGACGUGUGGGUGUCCGGAUUUAUCUGGAGGGAGGGGAAAUGGGAACUGGAUCUCGUCGAUAUUAUGCACAACAUACUGAAACAGCACCCCGGUUGGAUUUUCAUGGACGUGGGUGCAAAUAUCGGCGUGUAUAGUGUGUCCUUGGCAAAGGCAGGCCGAGAGGUGAUAGCUAUUGAACCGCUUGCGACGAAUGUAAAGAGACUCUGUCGAUCGUUGAAAGAGGGUCAGUUUGAAGGGGUCGUGCAUUUGAUCAAGAAUGCUGUGUCGGAUUCUAGGAGACCUAUUACUUUAGGUGGAAUGCCUUCAAAUGUUGGCGGUACGUACAUAAAGGAUGUCGCAGAUGAAUCAGCAGAUUCUGUGAAAGAAUCUGAGCAGACGAUACUUCUUGACGACUUGGCGCACGUGCUGCAUGGCCGAACGGUCAUCAUGAAGAUGGACAUAGAGAAACACGAAGCAAGGGCUCUGAAAGGGGGCACUAACUUCUUCCGACUCGUUGACGUCAGGUAUCUCCUGAUGGAGUUCAACACGGAGAAACAACAGGGUGACUCAGUGAAAUGGGUUGUUCAGUUUCUACAGGAACAUCACAUGGUGGCAGUCAAGCCAGGUAAUUUCUCACACACGUACGACCCGGCGAAACUGUUGGAUUGGCCCUCUGACGUCAUGUGGAUUAAAGAGACCUUAACGUCGAGAAACUGAUGAUAAAUACAGAUAGUUAGUUGUUCUACUUUCUUUACGCUACAGUCGUCAAUGUCCCAGCUUCAUCACUGAAGCUUAUAAAUAGUCGAUCAUUGGUAAAUAGCUUGACAGAAAAUAUAGAUAUUCAACGACUGAGUGUCUGUUAUUUACCUCAAGCAACGUGAAAUGUUGUUUUUAGUUUUAAUUAAAAAAAGAUCUGGCCUAACGGUAAAAUCAUACCUUAGUGAGGGAAACCGAUAGCUGAUGGGACAGGCCUAUGUAUCUAUAUUCUGAUGUUGUAAAUGAGAGGUUCCAUAACCCGGACGUCAAGGUGAACGGAUUCGUGAGGUUCCACUGUAUACAGAAAGAGAUUGAAGAUUUUAUGCAUUCAGAAUUUAUGCAUGCCGAGUGUCAUAGUGAAAUGACACAAACCGGGACCCAAUAUUACGAAAUGGAUUCAGUUUUCGACAACCCGGCGUAAUAAGAUACGUGUAGAUAAUGAUAGUGAAAGGAUCGUAGCACUUCGGACAAUAGCAUAAUAACUAAAUUUGAUGGCUGUAUAAAUACGGGGACUGGAAGAAUUCCUUUAUCGAUCUAUGCUACUUCGGUUUCAGUAUGACAUAUUAAAAAUGUAUGGUAACUGAUGGCAGACUUCACGACAAACCCAGAUCCGUGUCACAAUCGUGCAGACCUUCGUGCUGACCCGUCUUACACAAACCGGGGCGAUCUGGGGAGGUUUAACUUCAAUACAGCAGUAUUGUUUCGCACUAUAUGUUUACUGCCUUAUGGAUGAACAUUUCUACAGAUCCCUUCAAAUAAA